ACUCCUCUUUUUUUCUCCCUUCAUCACUUCCAUUUCAACUUGAAAUCCUUCCUCAUUCAAGCUAUUUAAAGUCGAGUAUCAUAAUUAUUCUAUUUUAAUUUUGAAUUUUUGCAAAAGAAAUAGCGUAUGUAAAAAAGGCCUUGAUUUUUUUUUUUUAAAAAAACUAUUUUUUUAGUGCCUUGUGAUUGUAAAAUCCCUCAUUUCUCUCUUUAUUUUGGUUUGGAAUCAACCCUGCAAAUCCCGAACCUGAAGAGAUCGAGACGAAAUCACAAAAGAAUAGAAAUUAUGUAUUAAUAAUUUCUAAGUAAAUAUUUAACAGUUGAAACUAAUUGAAAUAAGAAUUGUUGGUUGAAUAUAAUUCUCAAAGAAUUAUCUUAAAAAAUACGUUUGUUUCUAAAGCAAUAUAUUGGAAAACUGGAAGCAGAACUGCUUACUUGGGGCCUGGAGGUUGUCUUCUCUCCGCCACUCUCCUCUCCUGAAAACCCUAGAAUCCUUAUUGUUAUGCAGUGAGAUGUUAAUAAGAAGAUUAGGUUUCCAACGACCGUACGGCCAGCCCUGGCGGCAGUGUGGUAAUGGUGAAUAACAAUUAGAUGGGUUUUUAUUUGAGGUGAAAAGUGAAAACCUUGCCCAGCAAUGCUAUGCUAUCUAAGUCAUGAAGGUGACUGCUGAUAUACGUGUGUCAGACUCAGAAGAAGAUAUGUACAAGAGGCCUGGGUUGUUGUCUCUAUCAUUCUUAGCUGUCUCUUCUUCCCAAAUUCUGGAUGCAAACCAGUUAAAAGUUAUGAAGCGCAAGCAGUUAAUGAUUACUGAUAUGCACUUUGAUGUGCUAAAACUCAUUAUCAUGUUGGUGGCUAAAUCGUCACAUGGGGCAGCAGAUCUGGCAAGGCUAUUAUCUGUUUCCAGAUUGUUUAUGACACUUUCUGAUGAAAAAGAGAUUCUGCAAGCUGCAGUGUUCGACAAUGUGAAUCUAUCUAGUGGGUUACAAUAUUUCCAGAAUAUAAAAGGGUUAUUAUAUAGAUGUGCAGAUGCUGGGAAUGCUGCUGCUCAAUACAUGCUUGGGAAGAUUCUUCUCUUGACCUCUUCCAAGUUGUUGAUUGGGAAAAGAGAACAUGCUUUCUUAGGUUCUUCUCCUAUGUGUGGGUGCCCAGUGUGUCAAACACAUACUGAACAAUAUGCUCCAGCAUAUUCUUUUAUGGCUCAUUUUAUGCCCAAUGAAGUACCCAGCAAAGAUUCUAAUUCAAGUCUGCCUCACUUCAUAUUUGUGAGGUUUUUCCUAGAACGAUGUGGCCGGGAUGACCUUCUUGAAAUGCGUCUUUAUUUGUAUCACUAUUUUGAAUAUUUCCUUGGAUCGGAGGUACCUGGCUCUCUUGUUAGAAUACGUAAUUCUAUCAAGAAGAUGUGCAUAUAUGGCGAUGCUGCUCAAUGUUAUGAAAGGAUGGCAAAUAAAUGCAUGGAAAUGAAAGGUAAAACUGAUACUAUGGUUGUGGUCCAUGAUCGAGCUGCACAACGGAGUCAUCAGUAUGGUGCCAAGCGCAGAGAAGUGGUAGACAUGUUGAGUGGAAGGGAGGCAUAUGAUGGUGAGCCUCUGAACUUGGAUAAAAUAUUUGAUGCCUUCACUGAGGAGUUCCAAAAAAUGAGUGACGUUAGCGAAGACCUGCUGAAGGAUAUGAACUAUAGAACUGUGCAGAAUGCAGCAAUAAUGUUUGAUAGACUUGAGAAAAGUUACAUCAAGGGUGGCAGUGAAGCACUCAAGGAGUUGGCAACUAACCGAUGCAAUGCAAUUUCUAUGUUUGAUGGGUUUUUCCUUCAAGAUCAUACUUGGUUGCAGGAUUAGAGAAACAUGUUUUCAGGUCUACUUUGUGUAAUGCCUCUAGGUAUAUUGACAACCUUUUGAGUGAUUUAUUACAUCUCUCUUCUGUUACA